GCUGAAACAUAGUUUGUAUAGGCAUGCGAACCGCGGCUGACGAUGGUUCCUGGACUUGGUUCGAAGCAGGCAAAGAGGCAACCUUGAGGCGGGCCAUCGCACGCGACGAGCCUGCCUCCGAGGUCUUUCGCACACGCCGCGUCCAGUGGGAUGCCGCUUUGCCCGACGAUGACUUCGAGGUGGAUGCUGAGCUGCAUGAGUGGAUGGGCUGCUUUACGAGUGGGGAUGAACUCUCCGUCUUCGCCCUCGCUCGAUUUAAUGGAUGGGCGAACUACGUACGAAGAGUGGUGGUCGAACUUUACUGUGCGUGUGUCUAGUAUCUUUCUUGACGGAGACACUCUCGACGUCCUGUAUGAUAGAGUCAGGUCCCGAGAAGAUGCAUGUAAGAGGGCCUCGGUCAUAGCACGCAC